AUGGCUGCGGGGAAGAUUGCAGGCAUCGUCGCAACCUUCACAUCAAAUGUCCAGGAUGCACCUCAACUUGCGCAUGCGGUGCUCUGUGAUAUCAACGACUUUCAAACUGCAUUAGACGCUCUACAUCACUUCCUUCUCCAUAAAUCGGAUCUGGAAGCGUCGCAAUCUCAAUCUCAACUCAACUUUCAAGUCGAGAAACUACUGUCAAACAACGAGGAACUUUGCAAACGACUCCGUAACCUAGAGGAUACUUUUGAUGCUCGGAAUACCCUGACAAGGCGACUUGAAGAUGCCAGCAUAUACGAGGAUAAUGAGGAAGCUGACUCUCAGACUAUCACCACCAGGAGACCUAUGACCGAACGAUUGGGCGGGCCCGUCAUGCAAACAGACAUUAUUCGAUUUGCUUUUGAGAGCGAUCUCGAGACCUCGAGGGUAUACCGAAACGCGCAGAGCUCGCAUUGCGAUGCAUCUUUCGCUAGCUCAGUCGCCCGAACGAAUGCGUGGUCCAUUUUCUCCGGACUUAGCCUUGCUGAUGUCUCUGUAAUAUCAGUCAUAGCGCUCCCCGUGUAUUCUGUCGACAUCGAAAAUAGGCAAUGGUAUACCUUUGGAGACGUAGACAAAGUGUCCGAUAGCCUCGCACCUGUGGCCGUCACAAUGCCUUUAGAAAAGCUCCUACAAGCCGCCGCCACCAGCGACAAGGAAAAAUCUGAGGUUGAUUUAGAUCAACGACCCCUUGAAGAACGAAAAAACACUGUCAGCCACGAAAGCGUACUCAUUCAUGAAAACGAUCUAUAUCCAUGUAGCAGUUGCGGGGAUGUAUGUAUCACCCAAUGCGGCGAAAGCCCGCGCAAAAACCCGUCGAACCUUAACUAG